UACGCUCCAUCCACCUCAUCAGAUCCAGCGAGUGCAUCGCCCUCUAGCGCAGCAGAUCUACCGAAGGAUUCUAAAGAUACCGAGCAAGAGACAAAAUUCGGUUACACAAACGGAAAAAUCCAACGGAAAUAUGGACAUUUACAUGGAAAUGUGAUGUUGGUUUCUUGCGAAAGAGUACCAGAAGCGGGCUUAGGCAUUUCCCUUGCGGGAAAUCGUGAUCGUGACAAAAACAGCACGUUUGUCCUUUCUGUAAAGGUACAAUGUCCACUUACUGUAAGAGCUGGGGACGAACUUCUUGAGGUAAAUGGACGCGUGCUCGUUGGUCACCCUCAUAUUGUUGCCUCAUCUAUUAUUCGGCAAUGCUGCGAUCAAGGGAAAGGCUUGGAGAUUGUACUAUGCCGACGAGAUGGUUCCAUGGUCCGUGCUUUCUUAAGAAUAUCACAUGAUUAG